AUGCUAUUUCACGCUUCGCUAGCCGUCACGGCCCUCGCCGGCCUGGCUGCGGCCGAACCUGUUCCCCAGCCAUACAAGUUGAACGUCAUCAAGAUGUCCGUCAGAGACAUCUUUGGUCUUGAACGUCGCCAGGACGGCUACCAACCUAGCCAGACCUUCUGCGGCACUGGCUUGACAUGUACUGAUGCUUGUGGUGCUGGUUUUGAGCAGUGUGAUUCCACCGACGCUACCAUUCAUUGCUUCGAUCCUACGGCUAAGCAGACCUGCUGUGGCACUGGUACUGGAGAUUCUUGUGACGAAGGCUACUUCUGUUCUUCUGAUUCAGCUGGUGCGACUUGGUGUUGCCCUGACGGCCUUUCGCUUGAAGAAUGUGCCAAGCAGUACUCUGUUACCGGUGGUCUCUCCUCGGAGUUGCCAGCGUCCACCCCCGUUGGUGUUUCUAUGCCGACUACCAGCUCCGUCGAGACAGCCAGCACAGCCAGCACCUCGGCUACCCCUGCCGUCACUGGCACCGACGCUGAAGCUACCGCUGACCGUACGACUUACAUCUCCGAGAUAGUGAAGACUGUUGUCCCCACUGCUGCAAGCGCUGGCUCCAAUACCACCGGUGUGUCGCCCACUUUCGCUUCGACAAGCACCCUGCCUGUUCAGGCCGCAGCCAGCAAGGGGUCCACGAGUUUCGUUGCCCUUCUGGCCGCCCUGGCCUUUGCUGCCAUUCUCUAA